UAUCGAGUGACCAUUAACAACAUUAAAAACAAAACAAAGUUUAAUUCAAAAUACCUAGUUUAGUGCUACAAUUUUACAAUAUUCUUGAAAUUUAAAUUUUUAGUCACAACUGCUGUCGUUUAUAUAAAUAGAAACACGUAACUGCUAAUAAGUAUAAAAGACACCAUGCAAAUCCCGUUGAACCCGGAGGAACUGGUAAUCCCUGAAAUCAAAUACGAAUAUCUAGACCACACAGCAGAUGUGCAACUUCACGCUUGGGGCGAAACUUUGAAGGAAGCCUUUGAACAAUGUGGAAUGGCGAUGUUCGGAUACAUGACGGAACUCUCCACGGUGGACAUUAAAACAUGCUACGAGAUAAAAACCGAUCCAACGGACGAUAUUGAUAAUCUACUCUUUCGAUUUCUGGACGAGCUACUGUUUCUCUUUUCAGCGGAACCUUUUCUAAUCGUAAAAAAAUUGGAAAUCACAAAGUUUGAUAUGGAAAAUUUCUACAUUGAAUGUCGAUGUUACGGGGAAGAGUUCGAUUUGGAGAAGCAUCCGCAGGGAACGGAAGUUAAAGCUAUCACCUACUCGGCCAUGCAGAUAUACCAACAGCCUGAGGCGGAUAAAAAUGAAGUUUUCGUUAUUAUAGAUAUUUAGCGAUUAAUGUACGGUUUGUAGAGGCCUGGUCCUUGAACAUCUGAGCCGUCUGUGUUCAGUUCUAUCAUUCAGCUCGUUUCGCUUCACAUCGCUUGGGCAAUAUUAGACCUCGUCAAACACGCUUGAAAUCCUAUGGGGGAAUAUGGAGGGAAACUAUAACUAGCUAUAACUUUUCAAGUACCUAGCACUCUAAAAAAUUACAAUUCAUAUUGCUUGUGGCCAGAGAUGCCAGAUACUUUUUUCAAAUGUCUGCAAAUACUAUUUUUAAAGUUUAGAAAUUACC